GUCUUCGAGGACCCCCAAACGCAGGCAUGCCCCCCACCCGGGCUUCAAGGGAGCUGGCCAAAGGGGACCUGGAGGUGUCGUCGCGAACGUCAGGAUCGUACGUCACUUCAGUUGAAAAUGUCGAAAUGCGAAGAACUAAAAACGAAGUGACAUUGAAUAUUUAAGUUAUAAGGCAUUGAUAGGUUGUCCUUCUGGGAUAACCAGUAUACCAGAUAUGGACAACAGUAUGAAGUGACAUUUCUAAUGGCACCACCACCGCCACAUUUCACGCUCGGUAUGCCGCAGCCCCCGCCGCCACCCCCACUAUUUGUCGUGGGCAUACCACAGGCCCCGCCGCCACCGCCAACUUUCGUGGCGGCUAUGGAGCAGCCGCAACGCAAGAAUGUGAGUAACAGGCGGCGGCGGCAGCGGCAAAAUAGACGCCGCAGAAAGACCGCGGGAAGAGAUGUACUACUAACGCGGCCUCCACCCGCGAGAACCCAACAAGAGAGACGACAGGGGCCGGCUGUGCAACGUCGGGUUGCUUCCCAAUUGGUACAUCUGUUAGUAAUAAAUAAACGUACCUUCGUUACUCGGUACCUACGUAACCGAGACAUCAUCCCUCACCGGUCGACCGCCCAUGGAGGCCGCCUGGCUUUCGUUAAGAGUCCGCUCGGUCGUCCUGAUCCUGCCAUAAAACAGUCACACUCCAAAGUGCGACGAACUAUUUACCGUAAACGGUUUGUAAAAGACGUUGACCCUGACAAAUAUAAAGUUUUUACAAUAUUUUUCAAUUACUAUAAAUAAGUAAUCAUACCUUUCUCCAGGAUGCUCAUUAUGUAAUGAAAACAAAAAAGAAUAUUAGAUUGUAUUCUA